UUCCUGAAAAAGAAAUUUUUAAAUCUAACACUAGGUCUUUUAUGGCAUAGAAUAAUCGUUUUUUCUUAGCUGAAUAUACUAUCUGUUGAUUUCGCCAUGAAAAAAAGUCGGUUUAAUUCUAUAUUUACUAAACGUCCGACAAAAUGUUGUUGUUGUAUCCCAUUCCGGCCGGGUACCAUUAUUCUAUGCAUUUUAUUAUUUAUAAAUGGAAUUUGGAACGCUUCAAUAUUUCUUUCUGAAAUUGCUGCUUAUUCGCAGCAUACUGCAAGGGGAGUUCCGGUUUUGCUAGGACUGUUUUAUUUUCUUGUUGUCCCAAUAUCAAUAUUUGGAAUAUACGUAACAAGUAAAAAAAAUGAAAAAUUAAUAGAAUGGUUUUCAACAUUAUUUUGGAUAUCAUUAUCGUUAUUAUUAGUUUUACAUUUAAUUGAUUUAAUUUUAUUUUUUACAUGGAAAAAUGAUGUAAUUAGUGCAUGUCAAAAUGAUUUAAGUUAUUUUGUUCCUUCUAAUUCUUCUACUGUUCAAGUUGCUUUUGAUCCUAACGCUUUUACUAAAAAACAAGUUGACGAUGCUUGUGUACAAGCUGUUAAUUUAUCUUUAUCUUGGAACCUUUUUGAUUUUAUCGUUUUUAAAGCGAUUGUAUAUUUUUAUUUUGGUGCAGUAGUUAGUGCUUACAGCAAAAACCCUACACAAAUACCAACUGAUGUCAAAAUAAAUACAAAUCCUGACAAAGAAAAAAAUGAUAAAAUGGCUUCAGGAAAACAAGAACUUUCUUUAGAUGAAGUAAAAGGUGAUUCAAUUAAACCAAAUGAUAGUAUAAAGUUAGUAGGCACUUCUCGUACUGACUUUUCUAUAUAAAUUACAAAAUUAAUUUAAUAUUUGGAAAUAUAAAAUGGUUUAUAUAAAAUUUAUAAUUAAACUGGUUCAACAGGAGUAAAUUUAAAGGAGUAACAGAAUCUUAGGGCUCGUUUAUUUGUUUGUUUAUUCAAAUGUCAUUAGAAAUGCAGCAAUUAA